CAUAUAAAUUUAGAACAACCUGUAUACAACAAAUUGUUAUAUUUAAUUUUAAGAAGUGAUUUUUUUAAUUUUAAGAAGAUAUAUCUGCAACAAUUAUUUCCGAUUCACUCUCUGUUCUUCUUGCUAUUCAAACUAUAGAUUUUCCCAAUAACAGUUCAAAUAUUUAUAUCCUACUAAUUAAGAAAAUCCUUUUUGAAAUUCAUAAAAAUAAAAGAAGAGUGAACUUUUUAUGGGUUAAGGCUCAUAUAGGACUAACGCAUAAUGAAUAUGUUGAUAGGUUGGCUAAAAAAGCCAUUGAAUAUGGUACUUCACAUAAUCGUAAGUUUUGCAUAUCUGACUUAGUUAACACUAUUAAGCAUCGAGUUAAAAAUCAGUGGAGUCAAUCAUGGCGAGAUCUUUGUAAACAAUCCAAAUCUCAGUAUUCACUGAUUCAACCUUCUGUUCCAAAUAUAUAUUGGUUUAAAAAUUACAUAGUACCUCGAAGAUAUAUAACAACAUUAAUUAGAAUGAAGUUUGGACAUGCAUGUUUCCCUCUACAUCUAGCAAGAAUUAAAGUUUUUGAUUCAAAUCUUUGUACAGAAUGUCAGAAGGUUGGUGACUUAAAUCAUACUUUCUUUGAGUGCGCAAAAUAUAUUCCAUGCACAUAUAAUUUAAUCCAAGAUUUAAUAAAAUGUAAUGUUUUUCCACCUUUCAAUGUAUCCUAUCUAUUGUCUCUGAACAGCAAGAAUAUAUACAGUCGGAAAAAUUAAAGAAUACCCAUGAACGAACAUAUAAAACACGCUGUAUUUUCCUGUCACCGUGUCACAAAGAAAAUUGCCCAGCGCAAGUACAUGUAAUAAUAAUUAUUACAUGUACUUGCGCUUGCCAAUUUUUGGUGUGACACGGUGACAGGAAAAUACAGCGUGUUUUAUAUGUUCGUUCAUGGGUAUUCUUUCAUUUUUCCUACUGUAUGAUUGUUUAAUGAAAUUUAUCUGUGAAACUAAAAUUAAUCUCUAAACUUGUUAAUCCUGAUAAUUUAGUAUAUUAUGUACAUAUGAAAAAAGAAGAAGAAGAAGAAGAAGAUACAUAAUGGAAAAUGUGGUGAGCAACUUGGACAGUCCAUAGCGGCCAGCUUUUGAACUGAGUAGAGAGCUGUAGAAGAGUUUGCUAUGGAACUCUAAGGACCUCAUUGCCUUCCUUAUGUAUGAACAGAAAACAAAAAAAAAAGUUGUGACUGGCUAAAUGACACCCAAGUCAAUGCCAUAAAAAACAAAAAAAAAAAAAAAAAGAAGUGAUUAAACGAAACUCGGGAAAAUGCGCUUAGAAUAAACAAAGUGAAUGGCGCGUACCAUUAUCGUUGUUCGCGGAAGGUUCGAUCAUUAGCCUAUGCUAAAUAAGACUCAGUUGAAGUAGAUAAUAGGUCAUUAAAUUUUGUAAAUAGUAGAAAGUAAUUUUAGAAUGGGAAUUAACUAUUUUUUUUGGAAAUCCAUUAAGCAUAUUUAGAAAGAUGAAAAAUGGGUUUUGAGGAAUACUGCGAAUGAGAGUUGGUGGUGGAAGGUUGAUUUGUGAAUCUGGAAGGGAUAUUUAGAAAGUAGGUGAAUGACUGAAAAGAGAGAGCAGAAUGUUUUGAGCUGUCGAGAAGUGAAGUCCAGUAGUAGACGGUAGUGUACGGAGAGUGAGAAAGCCGGUGUAGUUCCGUGAGUGUGGAGUAUCUAUCGUGGAACGAGAGGUAGGCCAGGUUGAGAGUAAAAGAACCUCCUUGAGCCAAGAGUGUCCCGGUAGCUGAUUGCAGUUUCGAAAAAGGUAGAAUACAGCAUCACGACAGAAGCAGGAACGAGAGCUAUACGAGCUAGUUUUCAAAGGAGAACAUUACUGAAAGCCAGGACGAGGUUUUGAUCGCAGCCAAGGAUAGCAGGAAACGGGUCUUGUGUGAAGACAUUCUCAGUUCACCAGAAAAAGGUCAGUCUCAUUUGUUUGGACAUGAAUGUAUGGGUUUUCUUAUUAAAUACCACAUUAUAAAUUGAAGAACAUAAUAAAUAAUAUCAGAAAAGCUUCAUCAAACUUAAAUAGAAUUGUUGCUAAUAAAUCCUAAUAGUUAAAUGUUAAUAAAAACUUUCAAUUGGAAACCAAAAGGAAAUAAGAUUCCCAUUUGUAAAUGUUAUGUUUAAGAAUAAUAAGAUCUAGCAAAUAUUAAGCAGUGAUUGCCAUUUAAAUAAAAUAAACAAUAUUUUAAUAAAAUUGUAACCCAUAUGUGUGUAUUAUUUUACUCUUUUCUUUCCUAUCCCGAUUAGGAACCAUUGAGAAAUACUUAGAAGCCACGAGAUUAAGUAAUUAAUUUUAUAAUUCGCCCUGAGAUUGAAAACAUAUUGAUAUGUGAUCUGGUAAAUUAAUUAGAUUAUGAUUAAUGCAUUGAUUAAAUUAAAUGACAUAUAAGAAUAUUAUCUCAUAUCAAUAAUAAAGAUCACAUCAACUGUCGUCCAACGUGGAAAGCAUUGAAAAGUAUUUCUAGUGGCAAAUUUGAAGGAUAGAAAGAGUAAAGCCGGUAUUUGAAAAUUUAUAUGCCUGUGGUAAAAAGUGAGAUACUUACAUUUGAUAACAUAAAAUUUUAGAUCUCUUUAGGUACAAAUUUUACAUAACUGAUUUAAUAUUUUAUUUUUACGAUAUUUACAUUUGAUAUAUUUAUUGACAAUUUAUAAUAUUUGGGUGAGAAAAAGUCGUCUUGGUAACAUACUAGUAAAAUUUCAUAUUUGGCGGGGACAGUACGUCUUGAAAACAAAUGUCUGUGACAAGAAGCCAAAGCAAAGACAACAAAAAACAAAAAGAACAUUCAAAUCAAGAGAAUAAUUCAGACCAAGAAGAUAUUUUAGACAAGACAAUCAUGGCAUCAGAACAGCAAGAAUUAUCAGGAAUAGAUAAAUUAUUACAAAUGAUGCAACUCCAGUCACAAAGAAUGGAACAGAAAAUGGAUGAAACACAACAAAAACUGGAUGACAAUCAAAGAGAAACAAAACAAACAAUGGAUAAAAAUCAGGAGGAAACAAAACAAGCAAUGGAGAAAAAUCAGGAAGAAACAUCAAAGAAAAUGGAUAAAGUGGAUCAAAAAAUGGAUGAAACACAACAAAAAAUGGAUGAAACACAACAAAAAAUGGAUGAAACACAACAAAAAAUGGAUAAAACACAACAAAAAUUGGAUCAAAAAAUGGAUGAAACAAAAAGAAUAAUGCAAGAAAAUCAGAAGGAAACAAAACAAGCCAUAGAAGAGAACAACAAGAAAAUGGAGGAACGCAUAGAAAAGUAUGAAAUGAAAAUUCAAGAUAAAAUAAAGGAGUUAACGAAUGGCCAGAAAAAGGAACUAGAAAAUUUGGAAAACAAGUUGCAAAACGCUAUUCAAGCAGACAUAGAAGAAGUGGAAAGAAAGAUUGCGGAAAUCAAUACGCAACAGAAUGUCGGAGAAAGAAGAGAAAUGGUUAUACAUAGCACAGAUGACGUGAAGAUAAGGUUUGGCGGGGAUGUAAGAAGAUUACACCCAGUGCCGUUCAUAAAUAGCCUGAAAAAGAAAAUACAGCACAUCGGAAAUUUCGAAACAGCAAAAGAAACUAUCAGAAACCAUCUCAAAUAUGAAGCAAGCCUAUGGUUCGAUAGCAAAGAAGAAGAAUUCGGCAAUUGGCAACAAUUUGAACAAAAAUUUUUGAAUUAUCUCUGGGGAAAGGUCCAACAAUUGGAAAUUAACAAGGAAUUGCAAAAUGGGAAAUAUAAUGAUAGGAUGGGUGUAUCAGAAAGGACAUAUGCUUUGCAAAUUUACAAUAAUGCAAAACAUUUACAAUAUAAUUACUCAUCGGAACAAUUAGUCGAACUGAUUGCAAGACAUUUCGAGGAAACGCUGGAAGACCAUAUCACAUUGCAAAACUACAAAGACAUAGAUAGUUUAUGCCAAUUCCUACAAAUAAGAGAAUCACGUCUAAGAGAAAGAAAAUCAAGAAGGUCGCGAGAAGAUUACAGGCCCCGAGAAACACAAGAUUACAGAGAUAGAAAUCAAGAUAGGAGGGACUAUACAAGACGAGAUUUUAAUCCCAGAAGGGAAAACGAAAAUAGAGACAACGGAAGAGGAAAUUAUGAACAAAGAAAUAGGCAAUGGUAUGAGGACAGAAAUCGAGAAUACCAGAAUAGAAACACCACACGCUCAAAUCAAGAAAACAGAAAUAAUGGUAGACAAAAUGAACAGGGAUAUCGAGAAAACCGAAACAGAUCCGACAGACCAAGAGAAAAUAGAAGAGAAGUAAAUAAUACCCAGACACAUGAAUAUGACGGAGAGAGACAUUAUGACGAAAAUAUAAACAACGAUGAGCAACCGGCGUCUUUUCACGACGGCGCUCACUAAAAACCAAAAAUCAAACAGGAAUCUUUUGUAACCCCAAGGAGUUUAUUAAAUUGGCAAGAAACAACGAAAAGAAAAAUGGAGUUAAUUUAAAAUUUGUGGAUGGAUUUAUCAACGAGAAACCAAUUAAAAUUAUGAUAGACACUGGAUCUGAAAUAACAUUGGUCAACAGAAAAGUAAUAGAAGAAGUUAACUUAACAAAUUUAAUUUACAAAAUACCUAGGGUAAAUUUAGUGGGCGCAAACAAACGGACAUUGGCAACUAUAAAUGAAGGCAUACGAGUAAUGGUACGACUGUGUAAGAAGAUGUAUGCACUACAAUGUGUAAUAAUGCCAAACAUGUCACAUGACAUGAUAGUAGGAGUUGACGAAUUGGCAGAAAAACAUGUAGUGAUAGAUUUUAAAAAUAAUACGAUGAAUCUAACAGAAGAAAAAGAAGAAGAACAGGACAAGGAACAGGAGAAACAAAAUACGGACGAAUCAGGUAAAGAACAAACAGUGGAAAUGAAUUUGGCAACGAAGCAAGGACAAAGAAGAAAAGGGAGAGAAAGUCAGAAAAAGACAAAAGAAAAUGAAACCUGUGGCUCCUCAAAAGAAGAGUUGAGCCCAGAAGAAGAAAAAUUGAGAGUAUCAAAAGCAAAAGAAAACUGGGAUUCCUCAAAAGAAGAGAUGAGCUCAGGAGAAGAAGAAAUAAAGCUAACAAAUGAAAGCGAAAAAGAUAUGACGAAACAGUGGCAUUUGAAGAGGAGGCAUAUGAAAACGAGGAUGCAGAAUACACGGUAAAAAUAUGUGAAAAAUCUGAGGAAAAAGACAGAAGAUUGAUAUGGGAAAAAGGGAAAGACAACAUAAUAGCCGACACUCUAACACAGGAUGAAGACACUGAAAAUAAGGAAACAAUUACUCUACAGGUGGGACUAAUUAGAGUAAUACAAGAAGAAGGGGUAUAAGACGUAGAUUAAAGUAAGGAAAUAUACAGGGAGUUGGUUUUGCCUCGAGAAAAUUUAUUUAAAAAUGCAGAUAAAUUUUAUCGAAUACAAGGCGGGGAUUUGUUAUAUUUCUAUUUGAUCUGAAAAUUAAAUUUUGAUAAUUAUAAAAAGGAUUCAAUUUAAUAUAAAAUAUUUUCAAUUUUCUCAACCACGGGCAUAUAAAUUUAGAACAACCUGUAUACAACAAAUUGUUAUAUUUAAUUUUAAGAAGUGAUUAAACGAAACUCGGGAAAAUGCGCUUAGAAUAAACAAAGUGAAUGGCGCGUACCAUUAUCGUUGUUCGCGGAAGGUUCGAUCAUUAGCCUAUGCUAAAUAAGACUCAGUUGAAGUAGAUAAUAGGUCAUUAAAUUUUGUAAAUAGUAGAAAGUAAUUUUAGAAUGGGAAUUAACUAUUUUUUUUGGAAAUCCAUUAAGCAUAUUUAGAAAGAUGAAAAAUGAGUUUUGAGGAAUACUGCGAAUGAGAGUUGGUGGUGGAAGGUUGAUUUGUGAAUCUGGAAGGGAUAUUUAGAAAGUAGGUGAAUGACUGAAAAGAGAGAGCAGAAUGUUUUGAGCUGUCGAGAAGUGAAGUCCAGUAGUAGACGGUAGUGUACGGAGAGUGAGAAAGCCGGUGUAGUUCCGUGAGUGUGGAGUAUCUAUCGUGGAACGAGAGGUAGGCCAGGUUGAGAGUAAAAGAACCUCCUUGAGCCAAGAGUGUCCCGGUAGCUGAUUGCAGUUUCGAAAAAGGUAGAAUACAGCAUCAGGACAGAAGCAGGAACGAGAGCUAUACGAGCUAGUUUUCAAAGGAGAACAUUACUGAAAGCCAGGACGAGGUUUUGAUCGCAGCCAAGGAUAGCAGGAAACGGGUCUUGUGUGAAGACAUUCUCAGUUCACCAGAAAAAGGUCAGUCUCAUUUGUUUGGACAUGAAUGUAUGGGUUUUUCGUAUUAAAUACCACAUUAUAAAUUGAAGAACAUAAUAAAUAAUAUCAGAAAAGCUUCAUCAAACUUAAAUAGAAUUGUUGCUAAUAAAUCCUAAUAGUUAAAUGUUAAUAAAAACUUUCAAUUGGAAACCAAAAGGAAAUAAGAUUCCCAUUUGUAAAGGUUAUGUUUAAGAAUAAUAAGAUCUAGCAAAUAUUAAGCAGUGAUUGCCAUUUAAAUAAAAUAAACAAUAUUUUAAUAAAAUUGUAACCCAUAUGUGUGUAUUAUUUUACUCUUUUCUUUCCUAUCCCGAUUAGGAACCAUUGAGAAAUACUUAGAAGCCACGAGAUUAAGUAAUUAAUUUUAUAAUUCGCCCUGAGAUUGAAAACAUAUUGAUAUGUGAUCUGGUAAAUUAAUUAGAUUAUGAUUAAUGCAUUGAUUAAAUUAAAUGACAUAUAAGAAUAUUAUCUCAUAUCAAU